AUGGGGCCACCGGCAGUAAUGGCUCAAUGUGAUGUGAAUAAAUUACCCUCAAAGAGAGUAUACAGUAAAUUAAGUGCAGGUUGGGCGUGCCGCUUUGAGACUCGUGAUAAAGAAGAUUUCACGGACACUAUAAAAACUAAUAUAUGGAAUGCUUUAGGAGUGUGGAAUGCUGGGAAAAGCUAUUUGGCCGAUCGAAUUUAUAAGGCUUGGUGUUAUACUCACGGAGUGAUGAAAACGGAAUUCCAAGUGAAGAAGAAGGAUGACCGUUGUAGAUUUUUCUAUUUUUGGUUAGGGGACCAAUUGAGGACGAACUUCGGGGAGGCUCACUUUGAGAGCCUCAUGGAAUCAAUUUAUAGCACACUAGGGACUUACAAGUUCGAUGGACGGUGCGAUAAUCCAUACCCUAACACGAAAUUGGAACUUUUCGAACGGGCAAAGGAAUUAUUUGAUUAUUACUAUGACUACACUAACUUAGAGAAGAAGGAUAACCAAAGUAAAUGUCCCUGUAAGGAAGCAUAUGGCACCCUCCACCAAACUGCCCGAUCAUCAUAUGGUACUGUAAGUAGUAAAUGUGCCCAGGAGUGGAAGGAAUCUACCUACUGUGAGGAAUUUAUAAAGAACCCUACUAAUCUGAACCCGAAGCCGCUAUUGAAGGAAUUAACCUGUGCUCCAGGAAUAUCUAAGGUCGAAGAAGAAUCGGAAGACGAAGACGAUCGAGACGACUCCUUCCCAAUAGACAGCGACCUUGACAAAGAAAGUAAAUUGAAUGCCUUACCUUCAAGGAGAAACUACUAUAAUAUGUUCGAUGAAGGCAUGACUAAGUGUAACGAGUUCACGGGGUGGCCUAAUCAAAUCAAGGCUGCAUUAGAGGGUGAUGAAAAUGUUGAGGAACACGUAGAAGAGAUUGCAAAGGGCCUGUGUCAUGCAUAUGAAACGAAGAAGGGGGAAAAUUCAGAUUCUGAGAAACUUAGUCAGGAUUAUUGCGAUUUUUUUUAUUUUUGGGUGGGGGAUAUAUUCUGGAAUAAUCUAGGUAAAAAAUCGUUCAAGGGAAUUAUGGAAAAAAUUAAGGAUGCAGUAGGUAAAAGUACUUCUGAUCAUGGUUGUUCUUUCCGUUUUAAAACUAAGGGGUUAAAUUAUUUUUUUCACAGUAAAAUUUUAUUCGAUUAUUACAAAGACAAAGAUGAUAUGAAAUCUCGCUUACAGCAGAAGGGUGAGGAGGUUGUCGCAAAGUGUGAUGAUCCAUAUUAUAAGUACUUUAUGGCAGCACAACGUGCUUAUCAAUAUAUGAACAAAAAAUGUCCAUCGACAGAUAAGGAGAGUACUAAUAAUGAGUGGUGCGAUGAAUUUAAUAAAAUGUAUAAGGAAUGUACUAAUGUUGGUGUAGGGGAUGAUGGAAAAUCUCAUUGUAAAGUGGCAAAGACACCACUACCACCACCAGAACAAUGCAAUAGUCACUCCACACCGAUCGCAGUGGACACUACAUCUUCCUCUUCAGAAACCGGUUCUGUAACACCUGCUACUGUGGUUGGUGGUACAUUGGCAACAGUUGGAUUACCAGCAAUUGGUUUCUAUUUAUACAAAUAUACUAAUGUAUUUGAUGGAAUAAAAAAAUCCCUCUUUGGUGGCAGUAAUACCGGAGGAAGGAAUAGGGGAAGAGGAAGAAGAUCUACCGUUCGACACACUGAUCAUUUUAAUGGUUUUGAUUCUUCUACAAUGGGAGAUGGUUCCACCACCCUAGGUGGUGGUGGUGGUGGUGGUGGUGGUUCGUCCACCUUAGGUGGUAGCUCCACCGAUGUUUCUACCAUCUAUAAUGAUGAUGAUGGAGGACGACGACGUCGACCAUCACCACCCAGAGGAAGGGCAGGAGCAAAUAAUAGAAGACCAGGAAAUAUACAUUACUAUGCUACGUAA